CUGAUUUCCUCUGACCCGCCCCGCCCAUCCUCUUCCUCUGGGCUCCAUAUUGAGGCUGAAGGAGGCAAAAUCCAGUCACAAAAUGGAGGUUAAAAGGAGCAACUGAGUCAGAACACCCUCCAAAAAUGGCGUGUAAAGAGGAGAGAGAGGCUGAAGAUUACAAGAGGAGGGGAAGAAGAUCUUCACAGGGCUACGAUCCUAAAGAACCAGAACAAUUGAGAAAGCUGUUUAUUGGUGGCCUGAGCUUUGAAACUACGGAUGACAGUUUAAGAGAACAUUUUGAAAAAUGGGGUACGCUCACCGAUUGUGUGGUGAUGAGAGACCCACAGACAAAACGUUCCCGAGGCUUUGGCUUUGUGACCUACUCUUGUGUGGAAGAAGUAGAUGCUGCAAUGUCAGCUCGACCACAUAAGGUUGAUGGACGUGUGGUAGAACCAAAGAGAGCAGUUUCUAGAGAAGAUUCUGUGAAACCUGGUGCUCAUCUAACAGUGAAGAAAAUAUUUGUUGGAGGAAUUAAAGAAGACACAGAAGAAUAUAAUUUAAGAGAUUAUUUUGAAAAAUAUGGCAAAAUUGAAACCAUAGAAGUAAUGGAAGACAGGCAGAGUGGAAAGAAAAGAGGGUUUGCUUUUGUUACAUUUGAUGAUCAUGAUACAGUCGACAAAAUUGUUGUUCAGAAAUACCACACUAUAAACGGACAUAACUGUGAAGUGAAGAAAGCUCUGUCCAAACAAGAAAUGCAGACAGCAACUGCUCAGAGAAGUCGUGGAAGUAGUUCAAGCAACUUCAUGGGUCGUGGGAACUUUGGAGGCAGUGGUGGAAGCUAUGGCAGAGGUGGAAGUUUUGGCAGCAGAGGAGGCUACGGUGGUGGAAGUGGUGGCGGCGGCGGUGGCGGCAGCAGAGGAAGUUUUGGGAGUGGUGAUGGAUACAAUGGCUUUGGUGAUGGUGGAAACUAUGGAGGUAGUCCUGGAUAUGGCAGCAGAGGCGGUUAUGGUGGUAGCCCAACCUAUGGAACCCCAGGUGGUGGAUAUGGUGGAGGAGGUGGAGGUUAUGAUGGUUACAACGAAGGAGGAAGCUUUGGUGGCAACUAUGGCGGAAGUGGAAACUAUAAUGACUUUGGCAAUUACAGCGGACAACAGGCUUCAAGCUAUGGACCCAUGAAAGGAGGUAGCAGUUUCAGUGGCAGAAGCUCAGGCAGUCCCUAUGGUGUCCCUGUUCCAUUUGUAGGUGGCUAUGGAUCAGGAGGAGGAAGUGGUGGCUAUGGUGGAAGAAGAUUCUAAAAAUUAUAGUAGGAUAAGGGCUACACAGUGCUUAGCAGGAGAGAGCGAGGAGUUGUCAGGAAAGCUGCAGGUUACUUUGAGACAGUCGUCCCAAAUGCAUUAGAGGAACUGUAAAAUCUGCCACAGAAGGAGCGAUGAACCAUAGUCAGAAAAGUUACUGCAGCUUAAACAGGAAACCCUUCUUAAGGACUGUCAUAGCCACAGUUUGCAAAGAGUGCAGCUAUUGAUUUAAUGCAAUGUAGUGUUUAGAUGUACAUUCCUGACUUUUUUUAAUUUGUUGUUGUAGCUUUGUCUUUUCUUCAUAAAUCAGGUAUAUUGCCCUGUAAAUUUGUGGUAGUGGUACCAGGAAUUAAAAAUAAUUAAGGAACUUUUAAUUUUUUCCAAUACUUGUGUAGUUCAGUUUUUUCUUACUGAAACUUUAAAUAAAGAAAUGUAGUUUUAGGGUAUAUUCUUGCUAGGAAAAGAAAUCAGUGCAUUAUAAUCUGUAUUAAUUUAAACUAUAGAAAUGCUAAAUCGUUUAAGAACCUUAGUUUCUGCAUAUGUAACCAAAUGAAAUGAGUUGCACAUGCAUAGGGAGAGAAGAGAUGUUUGCAUUAAAGCUUGUUUAGCUGUAUAACUAGGAGUCAGUCAUUUAAACUAGUGCUUGUGAAUGAUAAAAAGCUUUACUUUCAAAUGAAAAUUCCAGAUACUUCUGGCUUGUGCAUAUUUUAAUUUGUAGCCUUUGUUUCUUAGACUAAAUAAGCAUUGAAAGAGAUAUUUUAAAGCUUUAUUCAGUUUGCCUCCCAUUUCACUGAUAUAUACAGGAACUACAUUAAGCACUGGCAGAACAGGUUUAUUACUAUUGAAGCUUAACACCCACCCCCAAACAGCAAACAGAUUAAGUGCGUGUGCACAAACUCUUUUUGAAUUAAAACUUUGAAACCAAUAA